AUGUCUUCAAAGAAGGGCAUUAUUCAUGUGGACGACAGCAGUUGUGAUGGCAUAAAUAAGCAUUCUUCAGCAGAAAUCUGGUUGAAACUCGACCUUAAAUUCAUAUGGAAGGCCACCAGAUUCUGGAUUAUACUGCUGCAGUUUCUCGGCUGUUAUAUGUACCCUGCUGAUAAUCGUCUUAUACGCUGGGUUUUACGUUGUUUGAUGAACGUUUACGUAUUGCUGAUAACCUUGGCUAAUAGUUUCUAUGCUUUCGAGAGAUUGUACGAAGAAGAAACUUUCAUCUCAGCUAACAAGUUUACUCUAACAGUUCUGCGCGCUAUCGAUACAUUAACGCGAAUCUCUGAUAUACCUUGCAUUUUUCUGGUGUGGUAUCAUAGCCGUCGAUUCAUCGAACUGGCAAAAAAGCUUGAUGCUCUGUAUGGAACGUUAACAUGUCGAAAAGAUGCCGUAUUCAUUGCUUUCGUAAUUACCUACAUUAUUGCUGUAUUUUGCAAUGAUUGUUAUUCCAUGUACAAUGUCGAUUCUGGCCAACAAUUUGCGGACGAUAUUCUCUAUUAUAAAGUUACAUUUUUUCCGCACUUAUCGACAAAUUGUGUUGAGUAUAUAUUGCGCUUCUACUAUGCCUUUUUCCGUAUUUCUAUUGUAGCACGUCACGUGCUGGCAGGGUUGAUGCUGUUUCUCAUAUUGGUGACUAGCGAAUUAUGUGGCCGAGCAGCAAGUAAUUUUCGUUGUCAACUGGUGCAAAAUGGCUUCGUGCCGGUGGAGGAAUACCUGCGCCAUGUUCAACUGGCUACCGUCAUUAGAGACUUAGACCGCUGUUUUUCCGCUGUACUGGGUAUCAAAAUCUCCGCAGCAUUAGGCUUCACAGUUAGCGCUUCGUUCGAUAUCAGUGCAUCAUUUGGUGGUGGUCAGCUGAAUAACAGAAACUCGGGAAUGAUUCUGAUGUGGCACGUUCUGUUCCUGAUUGCCAUGACCUCCUUAUGCGCUCACUCCAGCGAACAGGGCCAGAAAAUGAUGCAAGCUGUCGAUGUGUCCCUGCAAAUUGAAAGCAGUAUCGACUUCAAACGGGAGGAUUGGGUUGCUGUUUGCUUUCAGCGAGGUGAAAAAAAUCCACCUUGUUUCACGAUUGCCGGCGUAGUUGUCACCCGUGAAAAUGCUUUCCAGGUGGGGAAUCGGUUAUAA